AUGGCAUCAGUUCGUAAGAGUUUACAGGGGCUAGACAGCUGCACAGCAGAAGGUGGGCGCGGAUUUGAUGAUCUAUUAUUGCUCCUUGACAUGCUGGUGAAGUAUGGGGCCAUUGAGUCUGUAAUUGCAGAACUCAAAAACGACUUUAGAUACCUAAAACAGUACACCAAAAGUGAUUACAAGGUAAAUGAUUAGUGCCUAUAUGGAGUCUGCCCAUGCAUUUUCAUUGUGUGAAGGUGUAACCGCAUGAUUGACUCGUUCACAGAUCCACUGCUCAUUGGCUAGUACUAUUCCUGACCACUGCAGAGUAUUUGCACUCAGUGAUGCUGAAAAGGAGAGCUAUUGCCACCACUGUGAUCAUCAACAUAAUCAAUGUUGUGACAGCUGCGAGACCUUGAAGACUGUAUGUAGCCAGUAUUAAGUAAACCCGGCCUAGGGCAAAAUAAUCCUAUCUAAUUAUAUCUUAUAUCUCUUUUAGUCUUUAGACUCAGUUUUGACCUUUAUCCAGUCAACCAACCUUCAGGAUGACCUCCUAUUUAAUGCAAGAACUGAAAGUGACGGAGUCCGUUCCUGGAAGGCUCACCAGCUGCGCAUGGUUCACCAGGAUACAGCCGGGACAGAUAUCAUCGAUAGUCUUCAGAACGACUCAGUGCUGAUCACACAGGAUUUCACCAUGAAGUUCUUACCCACCCAGUACAGGGAAAUGCAGGUUGAUUUCUUUGGUAAGAGAGGUAUCUCUUGGCACUUGACAGUUUGUCAGAGCAAACAGCGAGGGGAGCUGGUCGCGCAGACGCCUGUGCAAAUAGUUGAAUCGGGUCUACAGGACAGCCACAUUGUAGUAACUGUGAUGGAGCAUGUACUGAAGACCUUGAAGCAGGAACACUCCAAGUUAACCAGAGUUGUCUUCCACCAAGACAACACAGGGUGCUAUCACUGCACAAAUACCAUUCUAGCCAGCAAAAUAUUGCGUAAGAGAACGAACAUGGAUCUCUACCAGAUUGAUUUCAGUGAUCCACAAGGUGGUAAAGGUCCAUGGGAUAGGAAAGCAGCGCAAAUCAAGACGCACGUGAAGCAAUACACGAUACAUUAA